AUGGAGAUAGCCCGGGUUGCGAAUUUCACCGAACCGACCAACACAUCAGAAACAGAUCAACACAUACUAGGCGUGGAUGACACCGGGUACCCAACCCAGGAUACACAGACAGAUGUUGAUGAGGAGAUCACAGCUGCAUCCAGUGCGCAUGAAGACACCCACAAAGGGGAGGAAGAAGGCGAUGAUGAUUUCGCAGCAGCCGCUGUUGUAGAGAUGUUAGUUUUUCUUGAGGUGGAUGAGGCCUGUCUCGAGGAGAGUAGAAGGAGGAAAAAACUUCAGAGUCUGGACAAUGAAGAACAAACAGAUGGUGGUCGAUCAGGGGAUUUAAAAGAUCAUAAGGAACGAGAAGUUGUGACGUCACGCCUGAUGCUGCGUAGGGCUGAAAGUGGAGCUGACUCGCACGCCUCAAGGAUGCCCAUCAGGAUACGCCGAUGA